AUGAAGAUUUUGAUUUUUGCGCUUGUGGCGGUUACGUCAGCUGUUCCACAGGGUUAUAAAGUGCCCAAACCUUCAGGAUCAUCGUUUAAAGCUGGAGGCUGUGGUAGCGGGCAGGUGCAACAUGCAGACGGCAGAUGCGUCACGCCUGAAGUACACAGCCGCGUGUUUCUGUACGACGUGCCAGCGAAUCAAGGUCCUUCCAGCCGACCAAAAUACGUCCCCAAACCGAAAUUGGAACGCAAUGUCAUUUUCGUGAGACUUCCUGAAGGCGCUCAAGGACCCGACCCCAUCGUCGUACCUCCUCCGCAGCAGCAACACGUAGUUUUCGUUCUUAAUAAGCAGUCGGAACAAAACCAGCAGGUGAUCGAGCUGCCCGCGCCGCCAGCAUCGAAUCCUGAAGUGUUCUUCGUCAACUACGCGGAAGGAGAGAACCCAAGUCUUCCUAUUGGGGUAGACCUCCAAACGGCGCUGAAUUCUGCUUCUCAAGGCAACGGUCAAAUUGUGGGCGGUGGUGGUUUCGGAGGCGGUAUUGGAGGCGGUAUCGGAGGUGGUAUCGGAGGCGGAAUAGGAGGUGGCAUCGGAGGCGGAAUAGGAGGUGGCAUCGGAGGCGGAAUAGGAGGUGGCAUCGGAGGCGGAAUAGGAGGUGGUAUCGGAGGCGGGAUCGGUGGUGGUAGUGGAGGUGGCAGUGGAGGCGGCAAAUACAGUCCCCCAGCGCCGUCUAGCCUCUACAGCACCCCAUAACAGACAUAUUGAUUUCUACCUCAGAAGACAGUAACCCUAACAAAAAAAAAUAUAUCAUUAAUAAUGAAAAUGAAA